ACAGUCAGAGUCGAAAGAAAUACGAUGAUGUCAGUGACACGCUCCUCACCGUGGACCUCAGUAGCAUAUAAGCCCACCCAGGUCGUUAUCUUGAGAGCAAUGCUUCAACCCAUUCCAUCCUUUUCUUUACCCACUGCUCAAAAUGGCGACAACCUCUGACAACUCUCCUCAUGUGGCUUCCCUCCUGCACAAAAAGCCGCACUAUCACUCUGAACUGGGCUCGAUUCAAGCAGUGACUGCCGACGACUUGCCCAUCCUCAAGAACUUAUCUAUUAAACGCCUGCGUCUGGCUCGGAAUGCCAUUCGAGAACCCCACUGGCAUGCCAACGCCAACGAGCUAGCCUACUGCCUAACGGGCCAAGUUCUAAUCUCUAUUCUUGACAGCGGCAAUGAAUUCUCCAUCUUUACCUUGACCAAAGGCGAGAUGUUCUUCGUGGAAUCGGGCUCCCUGCACCACAUCGAAAACAUCGGCGACGAAGAAGCUGAGCUGAUCAUCUGCUUUCGCCAUGAGCGUCCCACCGAUUUCUCACUGGCCGCCUCGCUGGGGGCGAUGAGUGAUACGGUCCUGGGCAAUACCUACGAUCACCGCACGUCUGACUGGCAAGGCAUCGCCCGCGACACCCAAACCAAGUACAUGGUCCGACGUCAGGGCCAAGCCGACUUACCCCGAACUGCUUACCUCCCAAACCGACACAAAUUCGACGUCGAAGGCAUGACGCCCCCGACCUCCCAUGGCUUUGGUACCGCUCGGACUGCCAAGAGCCAAUUCUGGCCAGCGCUACCCAACAUGUCCAUGUAUUCCCUGCGCGUGGAGGAAGACGGCAUGCGGGAGCCGCAUUGGCAUCCGUCCACGGCCGAGAUGGGCUAUGUGGCCGAGGGCACCGGUCGCAUGUCGGUCAUGGACCCGGAUGGAUCGGUGGACACCUAUCUCCUGAAACCCGGAGAUGUGUACUAUGUCCCGGUUGCGUAUCCGCACCAGAUCGAGGCCGUGGGAGACGGCAAGAUCCACUUUCUGAUUUUCUUCGAUCAGCCAAUGCCCCAAGACGUGGGCUACAGGAAUGCGGCGACGCUUCUGACCCGGGAAAGUAUGGCUGCCACAGUUGGUCGCGAUGUCAAAGAUCUUCCUCAGUUUCCUCACACCCCGAAGGAUCCUCUGAUUGUGAAGAAGCGAAAUGCAGUUGAUCCGGUGAAGGCGAAGUUGUGAUUCAUGUGUGAUCUUUUGGUUGUGAGACCGAGGACGGUCAGAUUCAACGAAUUCAAUGGCAAGUAAUGGGAG